UUGGUGAAAUAAAUCGAUCGUUUCUCUCUCUUACAACAGAUGUGGAGGAAUGUGGGAGUCCUGGUGGGCUACCUUAUCUUCAACAAGCUCGCAUUUAUUACACCGGACCGCAUCGCACAGACGUGGUUCUUCGCGGUCCCCAUCGUGCCAUCGAUUCUGCUGACGAUCGGAAUGUUAGCGAUGCCGGAAUCCCCUCACUGGCUCAUCAUAGCCAGGCUGAGGGUCGACGAGGCAAAGCAGAACAUGGAAAGCAGCGAGAAAAGCGCGGCUGAGAUCGACCGCAUAGGGUUUCAGAUGGAAUACCUAGCGGACCACGUACCUUCGCUUCGCUUCGUGUGGAAGGACUUGGUGCGACCUCCGCUGCGCCACAUUGCCAUCUCCAUCGCGCUCGUGCAGGCGCUUCGACACCUCGGGGUCGAGGCCUACCUGAAGCUGGAGAGCCUGCUGACUCUCUACAAAGUCGAGGAGAAGCUGCUGACCAAAGCGAACGGUGCGGUUCUGCUAGUGAAGGCGAUCUGCGCAAUGGUCUCCAGCCGCGUGGCGGACAAAGCCGGGAGCCGGUUCUUGCUGCUGGUCAGCACCGUGCUCACCGUUUUGUUUCUGCUCAUGUUUGGGCUCCCGUUCACCGACUUCCACUCCCCUCCUCAAGUCUAUCACGGGAGCACCAAGGUCCUCAGCCUGGCGGCGUUCGGCGGGAUCAUGGGCUCGUUCGAGUUCGGGCUAGGGCCCAUGGCGUUGGUCUACACGAGCGAGGCGUUCCUCUACCGAGCCCGAGCUCAGGGAGUUAGCUUCGGGGUUGUCGUCGGCCAGAUCGUCGAAGUAUGCAUGUACUUUGUUUUAGGUCGUUUGAUAGCGCCGCUCGGCAUCGGCGGCGUGUAUGUUUUGCUUGCCGGCCUAAUGGCUCUCGGACUCGUGUUCUGCUGGCGGACUGUUAAGGACAAAGCUGAGGAAAUUCUUAGGUGAUUGUUAAGCUUAAUUAGUGAUAUAUAUUGUAAGUUGAAAAUAAGUGAAUUUCUUCCGAUUGGAAUAAUAACACUACGCGCGUCCCUUUCAACAAGUCUUCGAUACUAUGUCACCUUGUCGAUCUUUAUUAGGACACAUGACCGUUUUGUAUACAUUCAAAAGAUAGCAUAAAUAUUAAUUUGUAAUUAGUUUAAUUUAGUUUAGUUUGUUUCAAUUUCCAGCAGUUUCUCUCUUCUCUGUGUAAUUAACUCAGACUAUAAAGCUGAUUAAGCUUAAGCUGAGAACUCACUAUCGUAAUUCGAUUCGUUCUCAUAAAAAGCAAAAAUCUUAUAUAUUGUACUAGCAUGUUGCCCGGCCGUUGGCCGGGUGUUAUUGCCACAUGUUUGAUUCCAUUUAUUUAAAACGCAACUAAUUACGUGUAUCGGUGUAUGUACAUGCUUUUGGUACAUUACAACUCGCUUAAACUUUCAGAUGUUUAAAAAAAAAAUAUUAAAGCAUAUCACGGUUGUUGACAUUGAGUAGUUGUUCCGCUGUGACACUGAAGAUCUUUUUGCUGGAAUGAUCUAGGUUUACAAAGUAAGUUGUAUUGGUUCCGUUCUUCACUAAAAGCACAAUCAUGUACCUGCAUGGUGUCAGGAUUAUAUUAGAUGAAUGAUGUUUUCAUAGGAUCUAAUUGUUGGUAAUUGAAGGUAAAGAUUUGGAUUUAGUACCUUUUCAACCAUCAAAAUGAUGUCCAAAUGCAUGAGGACUUUGGUUUUGAUGUUCACUGGCACUGCACCCACAUUCCGGAAACUCUUGUUCGAAUUGUCCUUGAAAAGGUCCUUCUUCAAGACUGUCCAGCAGUGUGUUUUCCAUUGUGAUGCUCCCAUGUUGGAAUCCCUUCUUCGCCUCCGACAACUGAACGGAUAAUCGAUUGAAAUGGUUGAGUUAUGAGAUGCUGCUGCAAAACGUUGAUGAUUUUCGCUUUGAUGGAACUGUCGUUUAUAGUAGUUGUGUACAGAUUGAAUAUUGCACGCAAUGUCUCUUGGGCGAGAUACAUUGUUCUUAAAUAGUGCAUCAUCGUUGGUAGAGUGUGAGUUAUUGGCAGUUGUUUGGAUGUUGAAAUGGCCGAAAAGAUGCGGUGAUUUGCUGGGUUUGAAUUUGAUUUUAUUUGAAGGUAGCAAGAUCUUUUGUCGGUGAUGAGGGUUGGAGAUGCAGUUGGUUUUGUGCCUAUGUUUUGGUGGUAGUGUCGAUUGGGAGGAUUUUUUUUAUUAUUUGAAUUUUAAUUGUUGUAAACCUGCAAUGGAAGGUGGAUGGUGCAAAGAUUAGAGCAUUCAUAUCAAUAUAAUUGUAAAAUUCAUUGCAUAUUGUUUUUUAUUGCUAUCUCAAAAUUUUUGCAAUCCAACUCAAGUUUAUUUUAUUACACCUUUAUCAAUGUAAUUCACUUGCAAUUGCAUAGGACGGUUUAAGUGAUUUUAUAUUAGAUAAAAAUAAAUAAAUCAUGGGAAAAAAUAAAUUAUUGUUUUAUUAUUUUCCUACGUGGCUUUCAUCUUAAAUUUCAUUUAAUGCAAGCUUGCAUCUUUGGAAUUGUCCACUACAUUGAUGCAAUCCUUUUUGCGAUUGCAUAUUAAGUUCCAUGUAGGAUAUGCAAUUGAGAAAAUAUCAUUGAUGUGGAUGCUUAGUUGGCCCCACGUAGAGUGGUCGAGAAUGCCUUUUAACUUGUAUUUUGAACCAAGUAAUUCUAUUUAAUUGGUUUAGAGCAUCCACGUCAAGUUAUCAUAUUCAAUUACAAAAUGACAUGAAAAUGGAAAUAUCAUUAGAUUUUUAUUCUAUUGAUAGAAGUGUUGAUUGCAACAGUGCAAGCUAUCAUUUCUAGCAAUUCCACAUACUCAUCAUGGAUUCUUUAUUUUAGCUUUGGAUAAAAUAAUAAACAUAUUUACCUUUU